AUGGAAGCAGACAAAGAGCCGUCAAUCAACAUAGACAAUUCAGAAAUAGUUGUCCUUAGUUCAGAUGAUGAGAAUGCUUCACAGAAUUCUCAUGACAAUAUUUCAAAUGAAAAACUUUCAAGCAGUGUUAUAUCUGUCGAAGAUGAUGAUGAUAAUAAUACUAAUAAUGACGAGUCUGCCGAAAGCGAUUGUGAGAUCUUAAAUAUUGAGAAGUUGCAAGGUGAAGAGAAGUGGCGUGAUAUUCAUGGUCCCUUCAAGCGUCUGAACAGGCUCAUACAAGCUGGCUUUAAUGAUCCACGGCUGUUGUUGGUUCGUGUUUUUGGGAUGGAUGAAAACUCUUUACCAUCUGAUCCCAACCAAUUAUUAAGUUUAUUACUAACACUUUUGGCCGAACCUGCUCCACGACGUAGACUGCGCCGUAUAAAUAGUUUAGAAAAAGUUCUGUCACUUCUGUCUACUUGUACAUCAAUCCUCGUAAUCACUGGUGCUGGGAUUUCAGUGUCAUGUGGAAUUCCUGAUUUUCGUUCUCGUGAUGGUAUUUAUGCUCGCUUAUCUCGGGAUUAUCCAGAUCUAUCAAGUCCACAGGCAAUGUUUGACAUGUCAUAUUUCAAACGAAAUCCUAUUCCUUUCUUUAAAUUCGCCAAGGAGAUCUUCCCUGGUCAGUUUUCACCCUCGACUACUCACCGGAUGAUUGCUUUAUUGGAGUCCAAAGACAAAUUAUUGCGUAACUACACACAGAAUAUCGAUACUUUGGAACAGGCUGCUGGAAUUACUCGACUUAUUCAGUGUCAUGGCUCAUUUGCAUCAGCCACUUGUACAAACUGUAAACUAAAAGUUUCAUCUGAUUUUAUUAAAGAAGCUAUUUUUACUCAGUCUAUACCACGAUGUACAAAUUGUUGGCCGUCGAAAAUUGAUUCGUCAUCAUUAUUACCAGAUGAAAUGAAUGACUCGGAGUCUACAAAUCAUUCAUCUGAUUUGUCUACUGUAGAAGAAAAUCAUAAUAAUAGUAACGAUAAUAAUAAUAAUGGUAAUGAUAAUGAUAAUAAUAUGUUAGUUGAUACAUCUCCAAAAGUUAAAUCGAAACGAGCUAAUAAAUCUCGACGUAGACUAGCUUCAUAUGGUGUAUUAAAACCGGAUAUCGUGUUUUUUGGUGAAGGUUUAUCAAAUGAAUUUCAUGACUCUCUUUCCAAUGAUAUAAAACAAACGGAUCUAGUUUUAGUUAUUGGAUCAUCGUUAAAAGUUCGACCUGUCUCUCAUAUUCCUAAUGCUGUUCCUAGGCAAGUUCCACAAAUACUUAUUAAUAGAGAACCUUUAUCUAAUCAUGAUUUCGAUGUUGAAUUGCUUGGAGAUUGUGAUAUUAUUGUUAGCGAAUUAUGCCAUCGAUUGGGUUGGGAAGUUUCUGGAUUAUCAGACCAUACACCUCUUACUGAAAUUCCUUUAAAUUCGCUAAAAAAUACAACCGAACCACUAAAAUCUGAUGAAAAAUCUCUAAAUGUAUCUCAUCUCAUUACUCAGGACACAGUGUCUUUGGAAUUAGUGAACAAUGAAUCCCAAAUAAAUAAUUCAGAAGUUAAUGAGAAGACUUGCAUCUCUACUGUUUCUACAUCUGGUAAUUCUUCAAAGGUGAUUAAUAAGAAUCCUCCGAAUGAUGCAGUAAUUGAAGUUAGUGAAGAUGAGGAAGAUAGAGAGUGUGUUUGGGAGGUAGCAUCAAGUUUACCACCUGGAACAUUUACUCGUAUUUAUCCAAAUCAAUAUGUUUUCCCUGGUGCUGAAAUAUAUUUAGACAGUAAACCUGGUGAAGUAACGAUCUCAUGUAAUGCCUCAGAUAUCUCUAUUACGUCUAACGCGUCAUCAGCAUCGUCUACUUCCGGUCAUAAUGAUGACUUAGAUCAGAUAAGAGAUUCACUUAAAGAUGAAUCUGUUUCCAUUGAUAUAACUGAAAAAGAAGAGUCCAGUAUUCAUUCAUCUGAUUCACGUAAAUCUUUAAAACGGCAUAAUUCCAAUGAAAAUCUGUCUUUGAAUAAACAAUCAUCGUUAAAACAACCUCGAUCUAUGUAA